GAUAUUGGGACGCAUUUGAUGAGCUACAAAAAGAAAACCCCUCAGAAAUGCGAGCACAUGUUAUGAAACCGCGGUUAAAUACGACUUAUAACGUAGAAGAUCAUUUCGAUUUUCAAUACAUUCAUAUUGUUUUUUCACAUCUAUUGGACGAAUAUGAGUUUCCGAAGAACCGAUUGGUACAACCGCAUGCGGAAGGGUGGUACGCAGUCAAUAUUUGGGGUAUAUUAAUUGAUAAAGCAUUCUUAAAUGUUCCCAGCAUAGAUCUUGUCCGUGGUGAGACGUGUAGCGUUGCAUCAAGCAACCGAAGUUAUGAUGAUGAGAUGUACAUGGUGAAAGGCAAUAGAAAAGCACUGGGCAUCGAAUUUAUGGUAUUAUUCAAAACUUAG